CGACUUGCAGACGCCGCCACCGCCCCUCCGAUCCUCAUGUACGUCUCAUCCCGUCUGAUCCCUCUCUGUGUCCCUUCUUCCUUUCUAAUUUCUAGCAAUUAAAGGUGUACGAUUAUGGGAUUGUGCUGGUAUAGAUUGUUGCAUUGUCACUGAAGUAAUGUUUGUCCCAAACUUUUUUAUUGAAGUAUGGGUGAGAAGGCAGUUUGGGAUGAGGCAAAUGUCAAACAUUUUGUUGAUAUUUGCAAGGAGGAGGUACUUGCUGGAAAUAGUCCUACUACCUAUUUGAACAACAAAGGUUGGAAGAAUCUUGAGGAUAAAUUUGCUGCAAAAACGGGAAAGAAACUAACCAAGACACAAUUUAAGAACAAAUGGGACAACAUGAAAGUGGCGCAUAUUAAAAUCUAUGCCAAGUUUCAAUCCUCGAGCACAAACGAGGAUCAUUCUAGCUUGCACUGCCUUGCACAAUUUCAUUCGUGAUAGCAAGUUGCCCGAUGUGGAAUUCGAUAGCUGUGAUGCAGAUGAAGAGUACAUGCCUGAAGGGGCCGAGGUGGGAACGACACAAGGGGAUGACGGUCGACGGAGAGAACGGAUAUGUCGUUCCCGAGGGACCUGGCGUGGUUACCAUGAACAUCAUUCGUGAUAGGAUCGCCAAUGCUUUGUUUGCUGCGAGAGCGAGGUAGUUUAGCUAUGUCCAUGGCAUACAUUAUCACGUGAACCAUGUAUAUUUUGUGUUAUACUAUGGAACGAAGGUCUUUAUUUCUAUGUAAACAAUAAUUAGAAUCAAAAUUAAUUUUUUCUUUGUCGAUUUACGAUCAAUUCGCAUAUAAACAGUCUUCAGAUAAUUACAAAAGCAAAAGUAGUUGUCGUAACCAAACACGCUUUCUGCUUUUCCACGGCAAGAAAAGCAAAGCAGCUUUCUCCGAAAGCUUUCGCCGCCAGCCGUCGCUCCCGCUGGUAUUCUUCCAGUCCAGUAACUACGGCCACGACACCAUCAACGUCCAUGGCGCGGUCGACGCCUUGGACAUGCGGCCAACCCCCGCCGUGCGCCGGCCCGUCCUCGGGUUCAAAGACUACUCCCCACGCCGUGGCUUCACCAUCCACGCCUCCUGCGACGGCCUCCUCCUCCUGUCCCUCGGGAACCACCGCUUCUACCUCUGCAACCCGGCCACGCGCCAGUCGUGCGCGCUCCCGGAUCUCACCGGCUGCAAUGUCGCCGCUCUGUACCCUCACCGCCCCUCCGGCGAGUACCGCGUCCUCUACUCCAAGCACUCAGGGCGCAGCAGCGACGAUAGAGUCUACCACGUCCUCACGGUAUCCUCCUCCGGGGGACCGAGGUGCAUCGGGCUGCCUCUGGAGAACGCCCCGAGACACUGGUUUGUUCCUGCCUGCCAGCACCAGCCCGUCCUGCUACAUGACUGCCUGCACUGGCACCUUGGUAGGAAUUGCAGCGACUCCUUGGUUGGUAAGGUAGUAGUUUUCGACACAGUGCUUGAGUCAUUCAGGUUGAUGCAGUCUCCCAUAGCCAGCAGAUCGGUACAUUUGCUUCAGAUGGACGGUACACUUGGCAUCAGACAUAUAGAUCAUGCUGCCACGAUGACAGAAUUAUGGGUGCUGCGAGACUAUGAGAUGGAGGGAUGGUCAUUAAAGUACCGAGCUGAAUUGUGUGUGGCGGAUAUGAGGGAGCAUAUUACAGAUAGGUGCAUUUUAAGCAGGAAGGUUGUGUCUGAGAAUGGAGAUAUGCUGGUAACUGGCAGCCCUAGUUUGUCCUACCACCUGCUUCACUGUGAUAGCAACGGUAAGUUGCUGGAGAAAUACCAAUGGCAGGGUGUUGCUACAAGUGUUCUUGGGCUCUGUUUCAAAGAAAGCCUUAUAAGGCAUGCGUUCUUCCAGAGGAAAGAUGGCAGCCGUGUGAGGGUGCCGCGUUUUUUCCGAGGGCUAUAGGGAGCAUUGGCUCUCCUUGAUGGUCUCCAUGCUUACCUCCAGUUGAUUGUUUUGCACUAGCAAGGACCUGAAGUCGAUGAACGGAAGCUUGGAAAUAAACGAAUGAACGAACAAGUAAAUGGAACUGAAGAGAAGAAUGUCUAGAUGGUUAGCAGUUUGGUUCUGAAGGCAAAACUGAAGAGAAAAUGGUGGUAAUGGUUCUUCUUCAGGCUGCUGUGGCUCGAGCUUUCCAUGUUGUUUGAUGUAGCAGUUACUGAUAUGUGUUAGAAAACUUGACAUAGCAACAUGUUUUCCUUGCACAAAUUGUUGACUUUGUUCAAAUAUUUCUAACAUCUGUGAUGAAAAUUUAUUAGAAUUGUGCAAGAUCUUCAUUUUUCAUCAUCUCCCAACUGUGGUGGUAUUCUGCCACCUCAGAGUCAACCAAAUCUAACUAAGAUACAAGCUCUCAGCUCAACAUGUCUCAACCGAUAAAAACUGCCAAACAACAUCUCAA